AAACAACAAGGUGACAUGUCGGGCGAGGUGGUCCUCACGCCCGGUAAUAGCAACCCAAAAUACAAAGUGUUGGACGACUCGCGCUACGAAGACGGCUUUGACAGUAGCGGUGCAUCUGUGGCUGUGCUGCAGGCGAGCAGCCAGACGCCUCAGCUGCAGCCCCUCCAGCAGCCCCAGCCGCCGGCUCUCUGCAGGGCGCUGUUUGACUUCAACCCAGACGAGAUGAAACUGGAAGACAGUAAAUAUUGUCUCAGCUUCCUCAAGGGAGACAUUCUCACUGUUAUCAGGCGGGUGGAUGAACACUGGAUUGAAGCCAAGCUAGGGGAAAAAGUUGGAAUUUGUCCUCAGCAGUUCACAGAGCCAAACUCAGUGGCUGCCAAACCUAAAGGAAAGAGUCGGAGGGGGGGUGACUCAGCAGAGCUGCACCAUCAGACUGGCGGGGGCAAAGACAAGGCCACUGACGCAUCCAGUAGGACCCAUUACGGAGCCCCUCAAGUCCCAGCAAAGACACCCAUCCUCAGUGCUUUGCCCCUCUCCAGCCAGCGGAAACAUCCUGCAGCGGCGGCGGCGCGCGGCAACUUUUAUCAGCCGACGACAGGAGACAACAUCAACACCGUCAACAGCUUCAGCCAUAAGGGUCAGCCACAGCACUCUCUGUGCCCUCUGCGCCCGGGGCCCCAUCAGCGCUCCAGAGUUAAUUCUCACCGAAUUAGACGCCACUCUGACUCACACAGACACCUGUUACAGAGCGAGAAGAAGAUGACCAGUGAGACUCCACCCACCAUCUCUAUGGCUCUGGUGAACCCCCAGAUGCCCUCUGCCUCUGCAGACGGCAAAAACUCCUCCACACAGCAGCUCUCUAUCAGUGUGUGUGCUGUCCUGUACUCCUACAAGCCACGGAGACCGGAGGAGCUGGAGCUGAGGAAAGGAGAGAUGGUGGGAGUGUAUGGAAAGUUCAAAGAAGGCUGGCUGCGUGGGUUAUCGCUUCGAACCGGCAAAGUAGGCAUUCUGCCCAGCAACUACAUCACGCCUGUGCUCAGAACCUCAGCCAGACUUCUGGAGACCAAAACAGCUAGUGCGUCCUCGCAGUACAACACGGUAGCUGGAAAGAAACCCACAGCUGCCAAGAAUCCUGCUGUAGUCCUUGCUCUUGACAGGGUGAACGCUGAUGGAACGAUACACUCAGCAGGACAAGUCCCUUCUGUGCCAAAUGGAGCACAGCACGCAAUGUCAUCCACUGGCGCUGGAAAACAAUCCUUCUAUGCAGGUUCACAAGGUUGGGACACUGUGAGGCGUAUUUUUAACCCACACAGAGGAUCAAACCGUUUCUCUCAUAUGACUAAUUUCAAUGUCCCGUCCAACUCGCAACACUUCGCACAAGUUCAGGCAUCCGGCUACUCCCCUGCCAUGCAGAGGAAGAAGAACAGCAGCAUCUUGUCCAGCUCUGCUCCCAGACUGCUGAGCUGGAUGACUGAGCCAGCAGCACCCUCUGCUGCUGCAGUCAAGAAGGACAAGGGCUUCACUGCUUUACAUGAAGCUACAUUUCAGCAGGACAGACAAAUCACCAGUGGGCCCCAGUCAAUUCUCGUCAGACCAGAUGCUCACAAGAGCACCACAGACAAGCCUGCAAAGUCAGUGCGGUUCCUCACAGAUGAAGACUCCCCUCCUCCAAGACAUCGCACCUCCUCUUGGUCAUCAGGAAAUCAAGUUCCCUCCAACUCCCACCUUGGCCCUCCGCCUUUAGAAGUGUGGGCCCCUUCACUCACCCUGGGAAGAGACGGACCAGGGAUCAUUCUCAAAGAAGGAAAAGGUCCUGUCCUCAGGAAAGGCCUCGAAACAGCCAUCUCAGAUAUAAAUUCUAACCCACAGAAACUAAUGUCCUUGCAGCCGUCACUAUCAGCCGUGUCAGCUCAGUUCAGCCCCAGCAGACACAGAGUUUCCACAACGCACUUAGCCCAGACAGACUCGGAGCUUAGUCUGCUUCAAGGAGAGCUCGUCCUGGUCCACAGACCUCGGCCUGAUGGACGGGUUCUGGUUACUCAGGAGAGCAGUGGGAAGACAGGUUUAUUCCACAGCAAUGUUCUUCAAGCCCUUGAGAGGCUCAGCUGACUGUGUACUUCUGCUGUAGUUGUGUAAAUUUCUAUAUUCCAUGUGUUCAAGCUGACUCGAUCAACCUGCUGAACAAAAUGCGUGUUGAAGUCCAAAGGUCAAUACUGCCAAAUGACAAUCUAAUGAAAGGUGUUUAUUUUUGUCCUGAGUGCAUAUGACAGUGUGGUUAAAAUCUCUGGAGAUAUAUUUUGCGUCCUGUUCAUGGUUGUGACACAUGUACUACUAUAAGAUUUUGCACAAAAACCCACUUAAUGACUGUUCCUUGUUUCAUACCUAUGUUACACGCAUUGGUGAGUGCCUUUGUCAAAACCCACGAAGGAAACAAACUAUAUUUGAGUAUAUUUAGAGAAAUUAUAAGGUGAAAUAUCUGUACUGCUUAUGUGAUAUAAAAAGUAUACUUCCAGAA